AUGAACUUCUCAAAUGCUCUACUCAAACUUGAUGAAUUUGAAUUAAGAAUAGGUUUAGAGUUCUUCUUACAAAUUGACGUCGAUCUUUUCUACAUGAAAACAUGUACAUAUCGUGAUGCAUGGCCUCGAUCUUUAGAUGAAGGUCUAUUUUGUAAAUCGCAAUUACCUAUCGUACGAUAUAGUUUUCAACCUUGUCAAAAGAUUUCUUGCACAUUAUGCGAAUCAUCAUCAACAAUUAUACAAUUUAAUUCAUAUCGAAUACAUCACUUUCUAAAUGGUUAUCAUGCAAUUCUCAAUUGUCCAGUUACGUGCCAUACGAAAAAUAUCAUCUAUGCUUUAACUUGUCCAUGCGGUGAAUAUGAUUUUAUUGGAUCAACAUCUUCCGAUAUGUCAGAAGUGAUUGAAUCUAUUCGAGAAGCUGGCAAUCAAUAUAUGCAUGAAACAUUAAUAUCUACAAAGUCGUCUUUUUAUUCACAUCGUGAUACAAACAAUUUUUUACAUAAACAAAAAGAACUCAUCCGUUUAUAUCAACAUUCAACACGUUGUUCUAAAGUUAUUCAAUUAUUUUUAAAUGUGAAUCCUAAUUAUGAUUGUUUUAUUCCAAUAAGUUUUGAUCAAGCAAUAGUUGAUGAUAGAAAUAGAAUAAUCGAAGUAUCGCCUAUAAAUAAUUUUACGGACUUAUAUAUUCAAAAUGUACCAGUACCACCGAAUGGUUAUAUUUUUUCAAAUUGUCAACAAGAAAAGCAAAGAAAAUUCUUUGAAAAGUUACAUAUAACAAAAAGUCAUGAUGAAAAAAUGUUUACAUCAGUUGAUUUUUAUAAUGUUACUGUUAUAGCUGUUCUACCAGAAAAUUGUUCAACAUUAUUACGUCAAGUACUUGAAUGUCUCUUUGCAACACAUGCCGAAACAAAAUUAAAUAUGUUUAAUUUACGUACAAAAGAUACGUACGAAUUUUAUGGAUUACCUUUUCAUAGAGUAUGGUGUGAAAACAUAAUACGUUCAUCGUCAAUCACUUCGUAG